AUGCCUUAUCUUCUUUGUGGUUCCUUACUACUUGUCCUUGCAACAGGCGAGCAUGAGCACACCAUCAUAGGCUACAGCCUGGUCAAAGGCAUAGGCGAUGGAGAACCGAUAGCCAGUGAGCGCUUCACAGUCGGUGGCCAUGAGUGGGUGCUUCUCUUCUAUCCGGAUGGCAAGCGCAGCUCCUCCACAGAGGGCGAGAGUGACUCACCGCAGGGGGUUGUGAACACGAGCGACGGGCGCGUGGUGCGCGCAUUCCACCGCUUCACGCUGGUGGACCAGUCCGGCGGCGGCCGCGACCUCAUGAAGGGCCGCUCCCGCGCGCAGGGCGCCGUCAAGAUCUCCUGCGCACGCCAGGACCCCAACGCGCGCAACUGCCACGGCUACCGCAAGUUUGUGAAGCGGUCGGUGCUGGAGAACCUGAACAACGGGUACCUGGUAAACGACACCAUAGUCAUCCGCUACACCAUAGAGCUGGUUGUCUCCACUGGCGGCGCCCUCACCCGCCAGCCGGGUCCCAAUGUCCCCAAGCUACCCCUCAUCCAGUUGUCAGGGAUGGAAAUUACAGACACGAGCUCGCUGCUUGUUUUUGCGCCUGCUGAUGACAUAACGGAUGACAUAACCUGCCAGGUGGACGACGAGGAGCUGACGGCGCACCGCAUAAUCCUGAUGGCGCGCUCGCCGGUGUUCCACGCGCUGCUGAACAGCGAGAUGCGCGAGGGAGUGGAGGGCGUUGUCACCAUCGAGGACGUGCGCGGCCCAGUCUUCCGCGCCCUCCUGCACUUCGUCUACACCGACACCCUCCCCGAGGAGUUGGAGGGUGCCAACCUGGACGUUGCGAUGGCGCAGCACCUGCUGGUGGCUGCCGACCGCUUCCAGCUCAGCCGCCUGCGCCAAAUCUGUGAGCGCCGCCUCUGCGAAACUGUGGAGGUGGAGACGGUUGCGACGACGCUGUCUCUGGCGGAGCAGAACCACGCGGAGGAGCUGAAGCGUGUGUGCCUGGAGUUUGUGUCGCGCAACCUGCAGGCCGUCAUGGUCUCCGAGGGCUACCAGCACAUGGUCUCCUCCUGCCCCCAGCUCCAGGUGCGCGCCUGCCUCCCGAUUACUCAAGCCUUUUGCGCAAAUGCCUAA